UUUUGGCCUUCGCCAUCUUGAGCAGAUACGAGAGAAAAUCACCCGCACAUUUCACAGUUUUCUGCACCGCAUUUUGUGUUUAUUUGUUAUCAAUGAGUGCAUCCAACAUCUAGAGCAUCUAUGCUGAUACCUCAGUGAGGGAGUCGCUGCCAGGCCAGCGGUCUGACCACCUGCUCAGAUCUGCCCCUGCACUUUGACCGGCCGCAGGUAUGAUGGCGUGUUGCUUGUCCGAGGAGGCCCAGGAGCAGAAAAGGAUAAACCAAGAAAUUGAACGGCAAUUGCGGAGAGACAAACGAGAAGCCAGAAAGGAACUCAAACUCCUCCUGCUAGGCACGGGGGAGUCGGGCAAAUCGACAUUCAUCAAACAGAUGCGAAUCAUCCACGGUGCUGGUUAUUCAGAUGAAGACAAGAAGGGCUUCAUCAAACUCGUCUACCAAAAUAUAUUCAUGGCCAUGCAGAGUAUGAUAAGGGCUAUGGACAUGCUCAAAAUCCAGUAUGGUGACUCGAGGAACAUAGACAAAGCGGAACUUGUCCGGAGUGUCGAUUUUGAGACAGUGACAACGUUCGAUUCCCAGUUCGUGGAAGCCAUCAAAGACCUCUGGGCGGACGCUGGCAUUCAAGAAUGCUACGACAGGCGUCGCGAAUAUCAGCUCACAGAUUCGGCCAAAUACUAUUUAAUGGAAAUUGACCGAGUCGCCGCACACAACUAUUUGCCUACAGAACAGGACAUUUUACGAGUCCGAGUUCCUACGACAGGCAUCAUAGAAUACCCCUUUGACCUAGAAGAAAUUCGUUUCAGUUAUCUUAGUGACCUAGACAGAAUCAAAGCACCCGACUACCUGCCUACAGAGCAGGACAUUUUACGUGCUCGACAGCCAACCACUGGUAUAAUCGAGUAUCCUUUUGAUCUGGACUCCAUUGUAUUCAGAAUGGUGGAUGUCGGAGGACAGAGGUCUGAACGAAGAAAAUGGAUUCACUGUUUUGAAAACGUCACAUCUAUCAUCUUCCUGGUAGCCUUAAGUGAAUAUGACCAGAUAUUAUUUGAGUCGGAGAAUGAGAAUCGAAUGGAGGAGUCCAAGGCUUUGUUCCGCACCAUUAUUACCUACCCCUGGUUUCAGCAUUCAUCAGUAAUUCUCUUCUUAAACAAGAAAGACUUGCUUGAAGAAAAAAUCAUGUACUCUCAUCUUGUAGACUAUUUCCCAGAGUUCGAUGGUCCACAAAGAGAUGCUAUCAGAGCAAGAGAGUUCAUUCUUCAAAUGUUCGUGGAUAUGAAUCCAGACUCAGAGAAAAUAAUCUACUCACAUUUUACAUGUGCAACUGAUACGGAGAACAUUAGAUUUGUAUUUGCUGCUGUCAAAGAUACCAUUUUGCAAUCCAAUCUCAAGGAAUACAACCUUGUCUAGACCCUUGGCCGGCACAAGAGGGGACGCAGCAGCAAAAGCACAAAUCAAAGAUCAACGUAACCACGCCCACACAUUCAUAACUAGAGACACAAACUCAUUGGUCAGCCCUACGAUGCAGAUCAACGCCAUCAAGUCGGUUACUAAUUUGCCACUAAGUUGAUUCAUGUGUUUCUCUUACGCCGGUGAAUCAAGUUCAUUUGCCCACUCAUCCUUUACACAACAAUUUUCCAACUCAGCAGCAUCUCUGGACCUACAAAAGCAAAAAAGAAAAAUCGUCUGUCCCUGCAGGAAACUCCCUGAACAGCAGCAGCAGGACCAUAGUGACUAUUGCAUUUCCCUCUGUUUGUAUUCGUGAAAAUCGAAAGAGCGAUCAGGAAUCAGUUACGGCAAAAGUGAGCAACUUUUCGUGACUUUCUAAAAGUGAACUCAAAACAAAAAGAAGAUGAAGAUUGAAGAUGUGUCUCGGUUGUUUCAAACUCAUUGUCGUUUUCCAUCCUUUUCUAAUUCUAACCCUGACACCUUAAGUAAAAAUUCACUCUUGGACAUCACAAUUGGGCAAUACAGUUUAGUGCCAGGAGCAUUGACUAAUUAUGUAUGUGGAGACUAUCAAAUUAAGAGCCUGUUGAUGGUUUAUCGAUUAAUUUCAGCAGUGGCUGGUGCUAGCAAUAGCAAUUGCAAACAUUGCCAAACAAAUUGAUGCCAAUGAAAUCACAAAAAUUCUGAAACAGUUUAAAGUGCAUUGAAUACCUACCAUUUGUUGUAGAAUUCCAAGUUAACAUAGGAUCACUUGAGAAUUGAAGCAAUAGAGCAUAGGGGAUCUUUGAAAUCAUUAAUUCGAAGGUGAUUUGUGAUAUUCUUUUUGUUUUCUUUGAAAAAGAGAGAUUGUAACAAAAAAAAUUACAGUGGCAGGAUUUUUAUAUUUUCCGAUAAUUAACAACAAAAAUUAUCUUUUGUGCAGCUGCUGCAAUUUUUCACACAAGCGCGCGCGCAUUAAACACACCAAGAAAAAAAGUACAUUGCAUUUAUAUAUGUUUCUCAUGUUGACCAAAAGAUAAUUUUUCUUGGCCACUCCAAGAAUUUCCACUACAAUAGUCAUGCUCUCGUCCCUCGAACUUUCCUCAACAGUGUUUAUUGUUUUUAAGAAAUUUGAAGCUGAGGACACAAAGACAUUCUAUUAUUGCCAUUCAUAUGAUUAAACUCACUACAAAAAGAAAAUUAAGAAACCUAGCUUAGGCCUUUUUGAGUAAUCGGUGAAGGUGAAGAAGAUUUAAACGAAACAAACACAAAACUUUCCCCUAAACUCUUGCUAGUAACAGUUGAGAACUUUCAAAAUGUGAAUUGCAUCGUACUUGAUACUAAAAUUUAAAGAGGCAUAAUGACAAACAUUCAUCACUGCGUUUAUAUUUUAUAUGAUAGGUCUGUAACUCUAAUUAUACCCCCCUCCCUGAUUGUGAAAAUGAUUGACAUUUUUUUAUAGAAUAUAUUAUCAUCCAUGAUUGAACACGGAAGUAACAGGCCCAAAAACCAUAAUGGAAAAAAGAAAAAUCUUGCUAAUUCCUUACAAAGUAAAAAUGUCUGCCGUUUCAAAAAUUUUAAAGGUAAUUAAUGAAGAGCAGAAAGUAGCAAGCUAUGUGUAUAUUUGAAGAUUAAAAAUUAAAAGCAAAAACAUACCAAACUCGGAAAAAAAAACUAUAUCGUUCAACAUUACUAAAAAGAAAAGAAAAAACAUCACCGUGAAUGUUGAUUAACUGCAAAGAAAAAAAGAAAACGAAAAAGGGUCUGUGUUAUUUGAAAUAGCUCCACCUUAAUCUAAGUUUCUCUGUGAAUCGUGUUUCGAUUUUUCUACUUGCAAGAAUGUGCUGCCCUUUUUGAAAGAAAAAUAUGUACGUCAUUGUACGCACACACCAGUGAGCUAUUUCCAAGAACACUCCACUUUUAGCUUGGCCAAUCCGAAUCAUUAUUUUUGCAGCCUUUAAUUUGUACAUAAGAAGUCUUGAAAUGCAUACACAUCUCUCAAUUGGACUCUUCUGCAUUUUAUUGUUUUUCAGAAAAAAUGAAACACUGUAUAGCAGGAUUACUUGAUAUUUGUGAAUACUUGUGGUAAUGACGAAGAUGAUGAUGAUGGAUGACAUGUUUGUAAAUAAUAAUAGGUAUUUCAAUGAAAUUAGUCACUCCACGUGGUAAUUAUCAUAAGGGUUUAUAUUUUAUUUGUUAAUUUAAUUCGAUGAAAGAAAAUAAAUGCGCAGAAAACUGUUAAUAAUUAUUUGAUGAAUUGGAACUCUUUGGUCAUGCACAAAUAUAACGGAAGGAAAAUAUAAAUGGCCUCAAGUUCGAAACAAAAAAAUCAAUUAAACCACCCAUAGUAAAUUUUAUUUUUCUAUAUACUUGCGAUUCCUUCAAAUUAAUCACAAACCAUGUAAAAGCAAAAUUGAAAUUGUGUUGAGAAUACCGAAACUUUUUAACUGGCCCGCGCAAAUUGUUUUUAUUCAUAAUGUGAUCAUCAUUGCACUAAUUUUUGUUGUUGAACUUUUGAGCAUUGUGUAUUUUGUACAUAAGAGUAAAAAUGUAACUGCCAUUCAUUCGAUUGGAUGGGCCACAUUAAUUCACUCAUUUCCUAUGAAAUGACCGGCCGGCCGGCCGAUGGCGCGCCAAAAUGAAACCCCGAUUCGAAUGCGAAUUAAAAAAAAAUAAUGCUGAAAAAAAUGUAACCAAAGCCGAGAACAUCCCCUAAACGACCCUAAGCUGGCUUGUUGUGGGGUAGUCCACAUUCGAAGUAAGGAUAUAUAAAUAGUAGCGAAACAAACAUUUCUGAUGCCCGUUUUUUAUAUAUGUAAUUGUAAGUAAGAAAAAUAUUCCACGCAUGAGGUUGUUCUCGGUGGCAAAUUGUAUAAUCGCGUGAAUGGCCGCGCGCGCCGCUCCCAGCCGGCGCUGGACGAUUUCCUCUGUAAAAUAAAAUUUAAAAGAAAAAAAGAUACAUCAAGAAGUGGCCUGUUGAUGGGGAGUUUGUCCUUCGCAGCAUUUACAAGGCACACACAAAACAAUGUUAUCAAUUAUUCUUAGGAAAAAUGAUUCUUCUGUGUGUUCAUUUAUUUUUGCAUAGCUUGUUGCUAAAAAGACUUUAUUUAAAACUAAAUAAGUAAGUGGAAUCAUUAAUGAGAGGAGAGUAAUAUUAAAUAACGUUCGCGCCAUUCAGUUGAUUUAUUAAAUAUAAUUAAUAAUUAUUGUAUAAAAAGUCUUGGGCCAUAAUUCACGUUGGUAUUUAUUUCAACUGCUUUAGUCUCCUCGUUUCAGUCUUGUGAGAAUUAUUUGUUGUCAGAACCUAAUUAUUAUAUUUUAUAUAUAAAUUAAAUAGAACUACCGCGGCUCUGGUCGGCCAACGACCUAACCGAGAAGCUUUAUUCUUUAACUUCUGGUAUAAUCUAGUGCUAAUUACGAGAUGGUGAAAAAUUAAUCAAGAACACACACACACAAACAUUUACAUGCAGUGGGAUAACUAUUAUGAUUUUCUUCCAAAUGCAGAUUAUAUUUAUGAGUUACGAGCAUACCUUUGCUAGUUUGAUACGAAUAUGAAAAGAAAUUUACUCAUAAGUUAUACUUUGUUAUUAAUUAUUCGAUAAUUAAUGAUGCGAAAUUUGAUUUCAACGAUGGAUAUAAAAAAGUAAUACAGAAAAUGCAUUAUUCUGAUUGUAUGUGUGCUGAGGACUUUUUUCAAGAGUUCUUGUGGUAAAAAGAAAAAUGUACGUACAUGUGAAUAUGGCGUGAGAUGCUUGUGAUGUUACGAGUGUGAAUGCUAGUGAUCUGCGAGAGCUUUUUGAAUGGUUAUAGAAAAAUUUGUAAACGCACUUCUUGUCAAAAAAAUAAAACAUUUUUUUCUGAAA